AUUCUUGUGCAGAGGCUCUUAAAAAACUUAAGUUUCUCUAAAAAAAACCUACAUAACAUUAUUGAUUGUAAUUAUUAGGACAUGUUAUCAUUACAACAACAAAUAGCAACAACUCAGAAAUGUAAAAAAUAAAAAAAUUAUAAAAAAGAUUGUAGGACAAGAAAUCAAAUGUGAUCAUGUUUGAACCUGAAAAGUCCAGGGUGCUCACUAUCAUGUCUGCAGGGCUGAUAGAAUCACACAGAGAAAAAGAUUUUCAUCCAACUGUCUACUUGAAAAAGUCUGAAUUUAUGGUUUUUUAUACUGUAAUGAAAAAUGUUGUUUCUUUUCCAACAUUUAUAUUUCCUUAAAUGUCCAAUGCGUUCAAGGUGCAGGGAGGGGGCAGAAAAGGAGUUUGUUUAAUCUUCUCAAUCAUUGGACUAAAAAGCAUAAUCUCAUCAUAACUCAUGUUUGUUUUCAGAUGAACAUUUAAAAGGAGACAUACCUGUGAAACAGUUUGGACCAAAAACAGUAAAAACGAUGAGCUUCAGUGAAGGCAGCGCGGUGCUCGAUCCUGUUUCACGAAGGGCUUUGAAGUUGCGUUUGAUGACGACUCGGACAACUGUUCUGAGGAAGCGGUCUUUGAGAGUGUCCACGAGUCCGUGCAGUGGUUUGUUUUGCAGAUGUUUCGUCAAAUUUAUUUAAAAAGUGCUUUAACACUAAUAACAUUGGAAAAAAGCGCUGAAUAUUAAAAGUUAAACAUGAUCAUAAAAAGAGAUUUAAUAAAUAAGUGAGUAAAAACAGAAAUAAACGACAGCAUAUAGACAGAGGACGGGGGGACGCCCUCCUCUGAGUUCCUUUAGGUCAGAUGAUGUUCCAGGACCAGCAGCUGGAGAACCCUCCACCCAUCAGAGACGCUGCUGACUCCUCCAGUUUUGCCCCCUGUCUGUCUUUCACAGAACCAGACCGAACCCACAGUCGGCCGGCCCGGUCGGUGACUCCCGCCCCCCUCCCAGACCCGCUGCCGUCAGGAGGCGUGUCUCCCCCGCGGCCAGCGCGCGGAGAGCGGCGCCUGCAGAUGUCGGAGGGCGGACAGCGCGUCGGCUCCUCCUGUGCGUGCUGCUCCGGUGAUCCUCCUGCUCGUGUUCCGUGUCAGAGCCUCCAGCUGCCUGACAUGGACGCUCCGCCUGCGGUUCCAUCUUCUUCUUCCUCAGCGGAGUUUGGGGGCUCCCUCUUCUUCUUGACGCAGUGAGCUGGACGCAGAUUCUUCCUGUGUUUUGUGGACAAACGCUCCCGCGCGCCCGCUGAGCGCCAUGCCGUGAUCUUCUUCUUUGUCAGCGGGAACACACAUCAACAAUUUUUGGGAAUACUUUGGGAUUGAGGCUCGUGCGCUCCACGCAGGCUCCGUGAACAUGACCUCGCCGGUAACCCGUGAAGCGGGACGCAGAGGCGCUGCCAGGCUUCUGGCGCUGCUGGUCCUCUGCUUGGGCUCUGCUGCCGGGAUGCCGCACGUGCUGAGAUUCGGGGGAAUAUUUGAGUCCAUUGAAAGCGGCCCAUCAGGAGCUGAGGAGCUAGCCUUUAAAUUUGCUUUAAACACAAUCAACAGGAACAGAACCCUGCUGCCAAACACCACACUCACCUAUGACAUCCAAAGAAUAAACAUCUAUGACAGUUUUGAGGCCUCCCGGAAAGCUUGUGACCAGCUUUCUCUGGGGGUGGCAGCCAUCUUUGGUCCCUCUCAUAGCUCCUCUGCCAAUGCAGUUCAGUCCAUCUGCAAUGCUCUGGGAGUCCCACAUAUCCAAACCAAGUGGAAACACCAAGUGUCAGACAACAGAGAUGUUUUCUACGUAAGCCUCUAUCCAGACUUCUCCUCCCUCAGUCGGGCUAUUCUGGACCUUGUGCACUUCUUCAAGUGGAAGACAGUUACAGUGGUUUAUGACGACAGCACUGGACUGAUUCGGCUGCAGGAACUUAUAAAAGCGCCAUCCCGGUACAAUAUCCGCCUGAAGAUCCGACAAUUGCCUCCAGAUUACAAGGACGCAAAACCACUUUUAAAGGAGAUGAAACGAGGAAAAGAGUUUCAUAUCAUCUUCGACUGUGGUCACGAAAUGGCAGCUGGGAUCCUUAAGCAGGCUCUCUCCAUGGGGAUGAUGACAGAAUAUUACCACUUUAUCUUCACCACACUGGAUCUGUUUGCAUUGGAUGUGGAGCCUUACCGAUACAGUGGGGUGAACAUGACAGGCUUUAGGAUCCUGAACACGGAAAACAGUCAAGUGGCUUCCAUCAUUGAGAAAUGGUCCAUGGAGAGACUGCAGGCUCCUCCAAAACCUGACUCUGGUCUACUGGACGGGUUCAUGACCACGGACGCUGCGCUCAUGUACGAUGCCGUGCACGUGGUGGCCGUGGCUGUGCAGCAGUCUCAGCAGAUCACUGUCAGCUCAUUGCAGUGCAACCGACACAAGCCGUGGCGCUUUGGGAACCGCUUUAUGGCCCUCAUCAAGGAGGCUCACUGGGAUGGUCUUACAGGCAGAAUCUCUUUCAACAAGUCUAAUGGGCUAAGAACUGACUUUGAUCUGGAUGUCAUCAGUCUAAAAGAAGAAGGACUGGAGAAGAUUGGUAUAUGGGACCCAUCAAGUGGCCUGAACAUGACGGACAACCAGAAGGGGAAAACGAUCAAUGUGUCCGAUUCCCUUUCCAAUCGGUCCCUGAUUGUCUCCACCAUACUGGAGGAGCCAUACGUGAUGUUCAGAAAGUCUGACACACCUCUUUAUGGCAACGACCGCUUUGAAGGCUACUGCAUUGAUCUGCUGAGGGAGCUGGCCAGCAUUCUGGGCUUCACCUACGAGGUUCGUCUGGUGGAAGACGGAAAAUAUGGAGUGCAGGAUGAGAACUCGGGCCAGUGGAACGGCAUGGUCAGAGAACUGAUGGACCACAGAGCUGAUCUGGCAGUGGCUCCUCUUGCCAUCACAUAUGUGCGUGAGAAGGUUAUCGACUUCUCUAAGCCCUUCAUGACGCUGGGUAUAAGUAUAUUGUACCGCAAGCCAAACGGGACCAACCCCGGGGUCUUCUCCUUCCUCAGCCCUCUUUCGCCUGACAUCUGGAUGUAUAUUCUGCUGGCUUACUUGGGUGUCAGUUGUGUGCUGUUUGUCAUAGCCAGGUUCAGUCCCUACGAGUGGUAUAACCCCUACCCUUGCAACCCUGACUCGGAUGUAGUGGAAAACAAUUUCACCCUGCUCAAUAGUUUCUGGUUCGGAGUUGGAGCUCUCAUGCAGCAAGGAUCUGAGCUAAUGCCAAAAGCCCUUUCCACCAGAAUUGUAGGAGGAAUCUGGUGGUUUUUCACACUCAUUAUCAUCUCGUCCUACACGGCAAACCUGGCAGCCUUCCUCACUGUGGAGAGAAUGGAGUCCCCCAUUGACUCAGCCGAUGAUCUGGCCAAACAGACAAAGGUCGAGUACGGGGUAGUUGAAGACGGCUCCACCAUGUCCUUCUUUAAGAAAACUAAAAUCUCUACAUAUGAUAAGAUGUGGGAGUUCAUGAGCAGUCGGAGGCACUCUGUGAUGGUGGGGAGCGUGGAGGACGGCAUUCACCGCGUGCUUACCUCUGACUACGCUUUCCUCACGGAGUCUACAACCAUUGAGUUUGUAACACAACGCAACUGCAACCUCACACAGAUAGGAGGCCUCAUUGACUCCAAAGCCUAUGGAGUUGGAACACCCAUGGGUUCACCCUACAGAGACAAGAUCACCAUCGCCAUCCUGCAGCUCCAGGAAGAAGGGAAGCUCCAUAUGAUGAAAGAAAAAUGGUGGAGAGGCAACGGUUGUCCAGAGGAAGAGAGUAAGGAGGCCAAUGCCCUUGGGGUGCAGAAUAUCGGCGGGAUCUUCAUCGUCCUGGCGGCCGGACUGGUCCUCUCUGUGUUUGUUGCUGUAGGAGAAUUCCUCUAUAAAUCCAAGCAAAGCGCACAACUUGAAAAGGCCCAAUGGCGCCAGCGAGAUAAGAAACAGGUCGUUCUGCAAGACUGUGGUGGACGAGCUGCGGGUUUCCCUCAAGUGCCAACACCGCCUCAAACACAAGCCUCAGCCACCCAUAUUAGUGAAAACAGAGGAGGCCAUCAACAUGCACACUUUCAACGACCGAAGACUGCCAGGCAAAGAGACUAUGGCCUGAAGACGGAGCCCCUUUCUCAGUCGCUCCCUGGCAGCGAGGCAGCGUGCAGAGACAGCUGGGACAAGGGGAUGGGGAAAUGGUAAACGGCAGAAAACGGGUUCAAACGACUGACAGCUGGAUUUGAUUUAAAGUCAUAGAACUAUGUUAAAGGCACCAUUCUUCAUGAGGACAUAGGUUUAAUAGAUUUACCAAUAUUUCCUGUGGAAAUAUCUUUAACUUGAGUGAAAUUUCAGCAAGUUAUUACACUUGGGAAGAGAACCAUCAACAGGUGCCAGGAGGUUCAAACCACGGGGCUUAAUACACAGUCUUGGGGAAAUGAAGAACUUUCCAAGAGGCUGAAAAUCUGUAAUCUGUUUGCCAGGUCUGUAACUGCACAGCAUCCGCCAGAUGGAGCUUUCUGCUCUGACAGUCCACAGAUGCUCAAAUCUGUGAACAAACAUUUCCUAAACUAAACAGCGAAUAAAAUGUACAGAAAGGGGAUCCUUUGUCCAGCCAUGAGAAUAACUGUAUGAUAUUGACUGAAACCUCAAACGGUAAAAUGAUACCCAUCAGGCAAUAAGUCUGUUUGUGCUUAUUGACAUUUAUGAUCUUCAGUAGAUUUGGUGAUUGUCCAAAGCUGUGUGAUGAAUUUAAAGCAGAAAACGUAUCACGUUUCAGUUACAGUGGCGAUUUUUGUGGGGGUGGGGGGCCGUGUCCUUUGGCCCCUGCUGCAGAAACCGUAUAGAAAGGUUUCUGACGUUUUGAAUGAGGUGUGUGUUUCUGCUAGGGGGGAGGCGUAUUUUAGGAAUGUCCCUUCAUGCUUGUUCUUCUUGGUUGCCACGUUGAUCACCUACAGCACAGAAAGGCUAAACCAACAUCCACCAUGUUGACUCUAGAAACCCCAAAGGCAUCCUCCAGCUGGCUAAAGUCAAGCUUAAAAAAA